CCCCUGAAAUGCCUCAGAUACUGCAGUGUCCUAAGAUUGGGGGAAAUGGGGUGUGCAUGGAGGCUCUUAGUUCCUUCACUAAAAUAUAACCUGCUCCUUAUACACAUAGAACCCUUCACAUCGAAGAACCCCUGUGCUCAUCCUCACCGUGCAACUGAUAAUCUCUGGAUAUUCUCUUGAACAGAUGCCCCUCCUGACCUGCCAGUUCCUCCAGAGUUACCGGGAACAGCGCCUGGCCCACUUGGUUCUGAGCUUUAUUACCAUGGGAUAUGUCUGGCAGAAAGGAGAGACGCAGCCCAAAGAGGUUCUGCCAAGAAAUCUUGCCCUUCCCUUUGUUGAAGUCUCCAGGAACUUGGGCAUCCCUCCUAUCCUGGUCCAUGCAGACUUGGUGCUGACAAACUGGACCACUAGGGAUCCUGAAAGACCCCUGGAAAUCAGGUAAGUUCUCAGAAAUCG